AAGGCCAUGGAUUGGGCAACAAAAGCCAAAGACCAUUCAAGUGACAGCUCAUACAUAUGCGAUACAGUAUCACAGGUACUUGUACGUAGGCUCAAGCAUGUUGUUCACAAAGACAAAGACAAUCUUAUCAAGCCAGAGAGUCUUGAUAGGUAUCUUACAUUGGCUGAGUCUGCAGCAGAGGCUUGCAAAGAAACACAACAAACUGCAAACAAGGAGGCUGUAUCUCGACUGCAAAGACUAAAGGAUUACAAUACUUACAACACUGCUGGCCAUCUCGGUGAACUUCAAACUGCAGCUACUGUCAUACAAAUACUGCAAAAGACACCACUGUUUAACUGUCUUGGUCAAGUCCUAUUGGGUAAAAUUACCAUUGAAGAACUGUCAAGGAAGAACUCUGAACUAAUGCAAUAUUACCAUGUAUUGCAGAAACACAAUAAAUGUAUUCUUCAACUAAAACACACAAUGAAGAGUCAUUUUGAUUUUCUUGACAAUUUUUUUGUCAAUUUAGUACCCUUUUUUGCAGAGAAAGACAAACAAAAAGAACUGACAAAGCCCAAGGUUUCCAGGUACUUUCAACAGUAUACUGACCUCUUUUGUAAAAUAAAUUGGAGUGAGCUGGUCAACAGUGAGCACAUGAACCGCAUGGUUAAAAUUGAGCAGACGCGCCAAUGUCUGGAGAAGAACAAGGGUGAUUCCUAUUCUGGCCUUCUGGAAUAUUUGUAUGAGGAAGACUCUGCAUCAACUCUUGAAGAGAUCAUCCAGCAGUAUGAUUUCAUUCUGAAGUCAAAAGAAGCCAGACUGAUGGACAUUGUGAACUUUAUCUAUGCAAAUGUAAUUCUGGCCAACAUCAACCCUGCAUCUCAGUACAUCAUGCCUUACCAAGACCUUCGUGAAUUACUCCUUCGAAUAAUUGAUCGCCCCAUACCUUUCAGUGAGAUUCUGCCAUUGCACUACAUCACAGUUUUAUUGUUAUGGCAUGAGAACUGUGCAUUACCAACUUCACAAAUGAAGACAUCAUACUCAACUAAGCUGAAACCUGUGUCUAAUGGAAAGAGAGCAGCUGUUCAUUUUUACCUAGGGAAGGACAAAGGUUAUGGUGGUCUGAUUUCCCAUAGAGAUAUUAACAGCUGUUUGGGAUCAGGGCAGAACAUCUCAACUCAGUGGAAUGAUGAAAAAAUAUGGAAGCAAGUGAGAGACAGAGAGAAACUUUGCCGAUUUUCUGGUGAAAUUUGCGACGGAUAUAUCAACGUUACAGACGUGAAGGUUUAUCCAAUGUUCAAAAGCCAGUUACGUAAAGAAUAUGGCACAAAAGUGUCAUUCUUUAUUGGUUUCUCAGUGAAUGGACCAGUUGCACUUGAUAUAGACUUUGAGUCGUAAGGUUCACAAGCCUGAACUAAUGGAUCUGACUUAUGACCGGAGAAACAUGAAUGAGAAAACUCUCUAGAUUUCCUGUUCAAAACAUUAGGACAA